CACCGCAGCGCACCGGGCCGGGCGGGCACCGGGGCUGCUGCGGGCCGCCCCCGCCGCCCCCCCAGAAAUGGAAACAAACAACCGCCUGAACUUCACUGGCCUUUCCUCUGCACCCGCUGCCUCAGGACCGAAACCCACGCCUGCCUCAGGGGACUCCCCCUUCGCCCACAGCUCCACGCUCGGCUUCCCCCAGCAAGGGAAAAGUCUGAACGGGGGCAUGAAUGUCAAUGGCUUCUCUACUGUAUCCCACCCCGGUACUUCAGGGACCUUCUCACCCGGCUCCGCUGCCGCCGGGGCGCAGCCCCUCCGCCCCUACGACUGCCUGUGGGACUACUCCCCCUACACACCCGCCGCCGGUGCUGCUGCUGGUGGCCUCAAGGACGGGGCAGGCCCUCCCAACCUCGGACAGUUCCCCCUCAACGGCGUGGCCGGGGGGUCCCGGCCGGCCUCGCCCCCGGGGCACGGCACCAACCUGCGGGCAAGCGGGCAGGAGCUGUGGGGCAACGGCACCGCAACGGGGCCCAUGGGGCUGAGCUUUGACUCGCACGAGCUCUACGAGUCCUUCCACGAGCAGAGCUUUGAGUUGAUGCAGAAUGGGCCUGAGGGGUUCUACGCCACCGGUCAGUCCUCGUCCGUGCUGAACUCGGACACGCAGCCCUUCCCAAACGAGCCAGAGCCCAGCCAGGGAGACGCUGAGGGUGCAGCCAAAGAGAUGCCCAGCGCCACAAACAGCACCAGCACCAUCACGGAGAACGGGGGUGGGCUGGUGGGCAGCCAGGAGCUGGAGGAGGCGCAGCCAGACCUGAAGAUCUGCAGCUACAAUGGGGCCACAGCCGCUGGCACGGGGUCACUGGGGCCGGAGGGGGCCAGCGGGUGCCUGGGGGAGGCAUCACCCAUCGCCCCACGGCUGGAGGACACCCACAUCCUCAGCGAGGACUCUCUGGAGCCCUUCGAGUCCCUGGCCAGAGACCCCGGCACCGGCGAUUUGUACGCGAUGGACGACUCGCAGCUGGUGAGCGACAAAUCCCCCUUGGAGGAGCCCCCCGACCUGGCUGUCAGCCCCCCACUCCACGCCGGCCCCUUCAGCCUGCUGCCCGCCAGCCCCUCGCCCGCCCCGCUGCUCCAGGCACCCGGCUCGCCGCCAGCCCUGCCCGGCGACAACGGCGAGCUGAAGAGCGGCGACCACGCGGGGCUGCGGGACUCGGGGUCCCUGGAGCUCGACCCUCCGCUGGAGCCGGACUCGCCGGCCCCGUCUGCUGAGGAGGAGGAGGAGGAGGAGGAAGAAGAGGAGGAGGAGGAGGAGGAGGCUGCCGACAGCUGCCCGGAGACUUCGGCCGCGCCGGGAGAGGGGGAGAGCGAGGAGCCGGCCCUGCUGAGCGCCUCGGGGGCAGGUGAUGUCCCUCGGCGGCGCAUCGCCACUCAGGAGGAGGUGCGCUUCCCGCUGCAGCACGGGUGGAGGCGGGAGGUGCGGAUCAAGAAGGGGAACCAUCGCUGGCAGGGUGAGACCUGGUACUACGGCCCCUGCGGGAAGAGGAUGAAGCAAUUCCCGGAGGUCAUCAAGUACCUGAGCAGGAACAUGGUGCAGGACGUGCGGCGCGAGCACUUCAGCUUCAGCCCCCGCAUGCCCGUGGGAGACUUCUACGAGGAGAGGGACACUGCAGAGGGCGUGCAGUGGGUGAAGCUGAGCCCCGAGGAGAUCCCCGGGCGCAUCCAGGCCAUCACGGGCAAGCGCGGCCGGCCCCGCAACGCCGAGAAGGUCAAAGGCAAGGAGCCCCCGGCCACCAAACGGGGCAGGGGCCGCCCACCCAAGGUCAGGAUGGUGGAUUUGCUCAGCAAGACGGAUGCACGGCUGCUGAAGAGGCUGGAAGCACAAGAGGUGCUCAGCGAGGAGGACAAGCUGAAAAUGAGCAAGAUCAAGAAGAAAAUGAGGCGGAAGGCCAAGAACAAGCAGAAGCAGGAGGCCAAAGCCCCCAGGACCAAGGAGGCCAAGAAGAAAUCCAAGGUCAAGGAGAAGAAGGGGAAGGCAGAGAAGGGCAAGGACAAGGCCAGGCCCAAGGAGAAGAAGGCCAAGGGGGCUCGCAAGGCAGACAAGGGGCUGCUGGCCCAGCGGCGCCUGGAGGAGCGGCGGCGGCAGCAGCUCAUCCUGGAGGAGAUGAAGAAACCCACAGAGGACAUGUGCCUGGGGGACCACCAGCCCCUGCCAGCCUUCUCCCGCAUCCCGGGGCUGGUCCUGCCCAGCCGUGCCUUCUCCGACUGCCUGACGGUGGUGGAGUUCCUGCAGAGCUACGGGAAGGUGCUGGGGCUGGAGCCAGCCCGGGACGUGCCCACGCUGGGGGCGCUGCAGGAGGGGCUGCUGGGGAUGGCCCCUGGCGUGGGGCAGCUGCAGGACCUGCUGGUGAGGCUGCUGCAGGCGGCGCUGUGCGACCCCGGGCUGCCACCCUACUGCCAGUCCCUGAAGAUCCUGGGGGAGAAGGUGUCGGAGAUCAGCCUGAACAGGGACACGGUGUCGGAGGUGCUGCGCUGCUUCCUGACGGCGCACGGCGCGGGCGCGGCUCUGUGCGAGGGGCUGCGCACCAAACCCUUCCAGGCGCUGCCCCCCGAGCUCAAGGCCUCCAUCCUGGUCUUCCUCAUCAACGAGCUCAACAGCAGCGCCCUCAUCAUCAGUGAGAUCGACAAGACCUUGGAGAGCAUGGCCAACUACAGGAAGAACAAGUGGAUCAUUGAGGGAAGACUGCGCAGGCUGAAGGUCGCCCUGGCCAAGAAGACGGGACGUCCUGAGUCGGAGAUCACGGGGCUGGAGGACGGACGGCGCCGGCGCAGCUCCCGCCUGACCGAGGACGUGGGGCUGGAGAUGGAGGAGGAGGAGGAGACCCGAGGGAGGAGAUCUCGCAGGGAGGAGGAGGUUGACACGUCUACAUCCAGCGUGCCGGAGCUGGAGCGGCAGAUCGAGAAGCUGGCCAAGAGGCAGAUGUUCUUCCGCAAGAAGCUGCUCCAUUCCUCCCAGACCCUGCGUGCAGCCUCCCUUGGCCAGGACCGGUUCCGGAGGCGCUACUGGGUCCUGCCCCACCUGGGCGGCAUCUUCGUGGAGGGCGCCGAGGCAGCUGAGGUGGUGCCUCAGGAGCCUCCUGAGGAGAAGAUGUCCCCGCUGGUGUCCCCGGUGAAGGAGGAGCCGGCCGCCGUGCCCGUCGCCAGCCGCACCAGCUGCCCCACCUCGGCCUCCCGUGCCCGUGGGAGGCCCCGGAAAAGCAAAGAGGAGCUGGCCCAGCACUGCCAGCCCUGCCAGCCCUGCCAGCCCUGCCCAGUGCCCAUCAACGGCAUCCUGGAGGAGCCAGAGCCGCUGGGGCAGAGCCAGCACGACCUGAGCCAGUCGGCGUUCCUGUCCUGGCUGAGCCAGACCCAGUCGUCCCUGCUCAAGGACUCGGUUCUCACCCCGGCCAGCAGCCCUGGCAAAGGGGACACGGGGCUCCCCGAGGCCCCCUCGGACCCCAUGGAGGAGGAAGAGGAGGAGGAGGAGGAGGAGGAGAGAGCCCCGGAGGCCGUGGCAAAGAGAGGGCCCUGGUUUAACCUGCUGCCCCGCACGCCUUGCGACGACCGUGCCCCCCUCGCUACCUCCUCGGCCGAGCCCUCGCCACGAGCCCCCGCAGCCCCCCGCAGCCAGAGCAGGGGGGAGCCCCCCAAGGGCUCAGCACGGCAGCUGAACGGCCUCCCCUCAGACGACCCCACAGCCCCCCUGCUCGCCUCCACGCCGGUGCACGCCGGCCCCAGGGCCCACGGCGCCUGCCCCCGCAGCCAGGGCAGCCUGGAGAAGCUCCAGGACGUGCCAGGACAGCCCAAACGCCGAGGGAGACCCCCCACCAAAUUCUUCAAGCAGAUGGAGCAGAAAUACCUGACGCAGCUGACGGAGCAGCCGGUGCCCAGCGAGAUGCAGAGUGGCUGGUGGUGGCUGAGGGACCCCGAGGAGCUGGAGGCCGUGGCACGGGCGCUGCACCCGCGUGGCAUCAGGGAGAAAGCCCUGCACAAGCACCUGACCAAGCACAAGGAGUUCCUGCGUGAGGUUUGCCUCAGGAGCACCACUGACCCCAUCUUCCACCCUCGUCCGGACCCGGCCAGCACGGCGGUGUCCCGGGAGGCCCUGGCUCAGUGGUCAGUGCUGGACAGAGCCUACGAGACCGACCUGGGCGUGCUGCAGUGGGUGGAGGAGCUGGAGCAGCGCGUCCUCAUGGCCGACCUGCAGAUCCGGGGCUGGACGUGUCCGAGCCCGGACUCGAGCAGGGCCGACCUGCGGUACUGCGAGCACAAGGUGGAGCCCCUGGAGGACAUCACGGUGCGCAGCAGCCGGCGGGAGGCGCCGCCCGUGCGCCGGGAGCUCACCAACCCGCUGGACCUGGCCGUGCUGCGCCUGGCGGCGCUGGAGCACAACCUGGAGCGCCGCUACCUCAAGGAGCCGCUGUGGCCGCAGCACGAGGUGGUGCUGGAGAAAGCCGUGCUGAGCAACCCCGAGGAGCUGGGGGCGGGCUCCACCGAGAUCUCGUACGAGAUCACGCCGCGGGUGCGGACGUGGCGGCAGACGCUGGAGCGCUGCCGCAGCGCCGCCCAGGUGUCCCUGUGCCUCCUCCAGCUGGAGAAAUCCAUCGCCUGGGAGAAAUCCGUCAACAGAGUGACCUGCCUGGUUUGCCGGAGAGGGGAUGACGACGAGCACCUGCUGCUGUGCGACGGCUGCGACCGCGGCUGCCACCUCUACUGCCACCGGCCCCGCAUGACAGAGGUGCCCGAGGGAGACUGGUUCUGCUCCGUCUGCGUGGCCAGGGCCGGGCAGUACCGGGACCCCAUCUCCCCCCGGCGAGGCAAGAAACGGAAACGGGGCCGGGGGCUCGGGGGCAGCCCCGGCGAGGAGGAGGAGGAGGAGCCGAGCCCGCGGCGGCGCCGCCCGGCCCCGAGGCACCGGCGGGGGCUGCCCCCGGUGUCCCCCCGGUGCCGGCCCGGGGAGGCGCCGAGCCCAGCCCGCAGGAGGAGCGGGGCCCUGCGGGGGCAGCCCGGAGACCUGACCUACUGCGAGAUCAUCCUGAUGGAGAUGGAGUCUCACGAGGACGCCUGGCCCUUCCUGGAGCCCGUCAACCCCCGCCUGGUGCCCGGCUACCGCAGGAUCAUCAAGAGGCCCAUGGACUUCAGCACCAUGCGCGCCCGGCUGCUGCGGGGAGGGUGA